CACCACCUCCCAUCAACCCGCGGAAGUAAAAAAAAAAGCUGCCGGAAGUAACCGAAGAGGAGAGGAAAGAGGAACACGUGGGGAGUGGAGCAAUAACAAAAUGGAAGCCAAAGGCAAAAGAAAGUUCCCAGGCCAAGGUGGAAAAGCAGGCCCUGGCAGAAAGAAGUUUAAAAAGAAUAAUGAGAAGUUCAGUAAAAAAGAAGGUGAAGAAGGGAAGCCGAAAUUUAAAUCCAAGAAAUUUGAGAGAGGAAACAAAAAACCUGGUAAAGCAGGCACAAAACAAUUCAAGAGUAAACAACCCUCAGAUAAAUUCUCGAGGAAACGCAAACUUCAAGAUAACAAAAAAGGAGGGUUGCAGCCUAAGAAGCCUAAAUGGGACGACAUCAAGAAGAAAAAGAAGGAGCUGAAGCAGAGCCGACAGCUGAAUGACAAAACCAACUAUGAGGCAGUGCUUAAAGGAAAACAGAUUUGGGAAGCUCUCCGGCGGAAAGACUGUGACAAGGAAAAACGGAACAAGCUAUUGAGUGACCUUCAGAAGCUGCUUCAUGGGAAAAUAAAAAAUAUGGCGUUUGCUCAUGACUCAACCCGUGUCAUCCAGUGUUAUAUUCAAUAUGGCAAUGAGAAGCAAAGACAAGAGGUAUUUGAAGAAUUAAAAGAGAGUUUCACUGAACUAAGCAAGUCCAAAUAUUCUAGAAAUAUUGUGAAGAAACUUCUCAUCUAUGGAACAAAGCCACAAAUUGCAGAAAUCAUUAAAAGCUUUAAAGGAGAGGUGAGGAAGAUGCUGCGCCAUGCUGAAGCGUCCGCUGUUGUGGAGUACGCAUACAAUGACAAAGCCAUUUUGGAGCAAAGAAACAUGUUGACAGAGGAGCUUUAUGGGAAUACAUUCCAAGUCUACAAGUCACCAGAGCACCCAACCUUGGAUGCAGUGUUAGCAGCUCAGCCUGAAAAGCAAGAAGCCAUUAUAGAUGAAAUGAAACAGAUCCUUACACCAAUGGCUCAGAAAGAAGCUGUAAUAAAACAUUCGUUGGUACAUAAAGUCUUCUUGGACUUUUUUACUCAUGCACUCCCUAAACAGAGAUCUGAAAUGAUUGAAGCGAUCCGAGAAGCUGUAAUCUACUUGGCGCACACCCAUGAUGGAGCCAGAGUAGCUAUGCAUUGCCUGUGGCAUGGGACCCCCAAGGACAGAAAAGUUAUUGUAAAAACGAUGAAAACAUACAUAGAAAAAAUAGCAACUGGUGAAUCCUCACACUUGGUUCUGCUGGCAGCGUUUGACUGCAUUGAUGAUACCAAACUUGUGAAACAGCUGGUUUUAUCUGAAAUAACUACUUCUUUAGCCAACAUUGUAAACAACAAAUAUGGAAGGAAAGUCUUGUUAUAUCUCCUAAGUCCAAGGGACCCUGCAUAUUUCUCACCAGCAAUAAUCAAAAUCCUGCAACAGGGUGAUGGGAAUGCUUACAGUAAAAAAGAUGUGGACGUUCGCCGCCAUGAACUCCUGGAAGCUGUUUCUCCUGCCUUGUUGAAUUACCUGCACCUUCAUGCUGAAGAAAUGGUGAUGGACAAAGCUGCAUUCAUUGUAGUGACUGGUAUCCUCAGGCACGCCAUGGGCGACGUACAGCCUGCAAUGGAAACCAUUGCAAGUCUCGCUGCGAGAGAAAUGGUCCCGGGAGGCAAAGAUGGGCAGCUCCACAUUGCUGAACAUCCAGCAGGUCAUCUGGUUCUCAAGUGGCUCAUUGAACAAGAUGAAAAAAUGAGGGAGAGCGGCAAAGACGGAUGCUUUGCAAGAACAUUGGUGCAGCAUGUGAAUGUUGACCAGCUAAAGACCUGGGCACAUGUGAAUCGUGGUGCCAUAAUUUUGUGUCGUCUUCUUCAGAGCUCUGAAUCAGAAGUGGUGACUCAAGUCAAAGAACAACUGAAAAGUCUUAUUCCAAAACUUAAAAAGACUAAAGAUCAGUCAACAGCAAUAAAGGCGUUGCUGGAGAAAUUAUCAUCUUAAUUUAAAGAAUUAUCAAAUGGACUACUAGUUUUCUAUGUAAAGAAAUUCUUCCUUUUAAAGAUGAUUUUUGCCAAUAAAUAUUUUUAAUUUCUUUGAAA